CAUGACAACUCCCUCCCUCCCAGCGAUCCCAGCAAGUGGCUUCUCUCUGUUGAUAAGCACCGGACGAGUCAACUUCUGCUAUUAUAAGCUCUAGACCUGAUCAUCAAAGAAGAAAAUGCCUCUUGACCCCAGUCAACUUACGGACAGGAUGAUGAGAGGCUGAAUAUCUUUAACUCGGCAGCGGACGGACUUCUGUGCCCGGCUUUCUCUUGCGCGCACCUCGACGCAUCAUUGGACGGCUUUCCAUUGAACAUCGCCGAUGGAGACUGAAAUACCCCCAAAGAAAAGAAGCAAGGCGGAAGAAGGUCUCAUGAUGCCCCGAUGUACAGGCGGUAAAUGAUCCUAUCUAGAUAAUCAUAAACCCUGAAACUUCAGGAUUCUAUGUGUCGAAAGUCGACGAGGCUAGAGUUAACUCGAUCCCACUCGUCGUGGAAAGCGUCGCAGUUCUCAUUCUGUGCUUUUCUUUUUCAAUGGGACUCUCUAAGUCUAUUCGACUCGGGUAGCCUGGGAAAGGCACUAGAGUCUAGUGUGUGUGUGUGUUCUCGAUGGUGACGGGAAAAUAUAUUUUAGGCUCCAAGGACCGAGUCAAGAUGAAGCAAGGAAGGAAGUAUUCUACCUGGUGCAUUGAAUAGAAUUGAAUUGAAUUCUCGUCAUGGCAACUCCCCACCAGAUUCACUUUUUGUUUGGACAUGAUUUCGGAUCCAAGAAGUUGGAAGAUGGGUUGGGUUGAGUUGGGUUGGCUUCGUAUAUAAAGACUUGAAAUACAUACAACAAAGAUAACUGGACACUGCGGUAGAUGCCUGAAGUCCUGGACUUUUUCCUCGUCUAUGUAAUGACUGUGUCAAAGGCAUAACACCUUUAACAUGUAAUGAUGGAUGAGGGGUUGCUUGGAUCACACAUUCUUGGGCACCUUUGCUGUGAAUUGCAUCUUUCAUGACUGCAGAUCGUCUGACAGUUUAUCCGAGUAGUAACUCUC